CCCCCUCCUCACGGCAGGACACCAAACGAACUGCACUGCUCGAUCGGUUCCUCAGUGGGUGAAUGCAGUUGAAGAGACAAUAACACAGUCUGCCUCACAGCCUGAACUCGUCUCGCUAUGGAUCAGCACCAGGACUUUCUGAACUCGGGCCUGGACGGCCACGCCCUGGACAGCCACGCCCUGGAGUACGGCUCCGGAGAGCCCGUCGCCUCCGCCAUGGUUGACCUGACGCUGAGUGACAGGGACCAGGGGGCGGAGCUAAAGAAGAACGGGGUGUCGCCCACGCACCUGGGACCAGGAAAUGACCUCAUGAAAGCAGAGCCCAUGGAGCCUGCACCUGAGGAGCACACAGAGGAGCUGCCUGCAAUCGCUGAAUCUAACAGCGCCCCCUCUGGUGAGGAGGUGCAACUGGUGGCCCGAGGACCUGAGAAUGACAUCGUCCCCUCUGCUCCUGUGACAGGUGAAGAGGAGCGUGAGACUGGCCCCCUGGGCCGCACGGCGCCGCACCAUAGCGCCGACGCGGCCGGCUCUGCCGAGGAAGACGAGAGCGAAGAUGACGAAGAAGAAGGAGGAGGAGGAGCAGCGGAGCCCGCGAGCCCGAGAGGGCCGCUUUCGGGCCCCGGGGCCCCCGGCGUCACGGCGACGGACGAGCCGCGGCUGCCGUUCCCGCGGCCGCUGGGUUCGGAGAGGGCGGGGGGCCCGCUGAAGGAGAGCCCGGACGGGCGGACCCUCAGCAGCUCGGAAGAGGAAGACGCUCCGCGGCGCGGCGGGGAGACCGUCCCGGCCCAGCCCCUCGGUGUCGGGCCGUUCGCGGGCCUGGGGGACCCGGCGCAGUCGCUGGUGCGCAGCUCGGGCGUCGCCGACCUGUCCUCCCCGGGGGGGCGCAGCUCCGAGGCCGACGAAGAGGAAGAGGAGGAGGAGGAGGAGGAGGAGGCCGCGCGUCCUGCCGCUCGCCUCUCGCCAGACGAGGCCAAGAGGCGCGGGCUGUCGUUCGAUUACACCGAGCCGCAGGCGCAGGACGGGCGGGGCUUCCCCGCGGGACGGCUGAACGGCUCGGUCAGGACGCCGGAGGAGAGCCGGAGCCCGGACUCCUGCCGGGCGGACCCCGGGUCCCCCUUCUCCCCUGGUGCGGCCCCGGGGCAGGGGGAGUCUCCCGGCAGUGAGGACCGGACCCGCGUCCAGGACGAGGACGAAGACGAGGAAGACUCCGCGGAAGAAGCCGAAGCCGAAGCCGAAAGCAAAAUGGCGGCUCAGGUUGAGAAGCGUCUGGAGCCCGAGGAGCCCGCAGACACCGUGCAGGUGACCCCGGGGAAGUACCUGGAGCCCCAAAAUGAAGACCUCAUCGCCACGGUGUGCGCCGCCCCGGUCACCAAGACCGCCCCGGUCCUGGAGGCCGGCCCGGUCACAGAGGCCGCCAAGGUCGCGGCUCCAGACGCCUCACCCAAGGACGUGAGCGUGGCAACCCCACCCAGCGCCCCGGCGGCCGCAGCCCGGAAGGCACAGAAAGCCCCGCCCGCGGCCGCCCCUCCCCCCAAGGCGGGCGCUAAAUUUCAGAAAGCUCCCCCCGCUGGGGCCCCUGCCAGCCGAAAGCCAAACGUUCCCGGUGUCCAAAGCAAAGCCAAACCGGCCGCUGGACCAGAGAGAGCUGCCGCUGAAAAGAAUGCCAAGGCUGGAGAAGGAAAAACUAGCGCCUCCAAGACACCAGGAGGCGCUAAACCGCAGCCUAAAGCCCCCGGAAAGGCACCCCCUCCUGGUGGUCAGACAGCUGCUUCCAGACCAGAGCACAGGAAGCCAGGCGUGGGGAAAGCUGACAAAGAGCUGCCCAAGACGCCGGACCGCAGCGGGUACAGCAGCCCCAGCACGCCCAAGUCCCCUGCCAGCCGCGCCAGCGCCCCGGGCCAGCCCGCCGCCAAGGAGGUGAAGAAGGUGGCGGUGGUGCGCACCCCGCCCAAAUCCCCGGGCUCCCUGAAGAACCGCGCGCCCGCCCCCCUCGUCCCCAUGCCGGACCUGAAGAACGUCCGGUCCAAGAUCGGCUCCACCGAAAACAUGAAGCACCAGCCAGGAGGGGGCCGGGUGCAAAUACUUGAUAAGAAGAUGGACUUCAGUAGUGUUCAGUCUAAGUGUGGCUCCAAAUCUAAUCUCAAGCACACCCCGGGGGGAGGAAACGUGCAAAUUGUCGACAAGAAGCUCGACUUCUCUAGCGUUCAGGCUAAGUGCGGCUCCAAAGACAAUCUCAAGCACAACCCCGGCGGCGGUAAAGUCCAGAUCGUUCACAAGAAGAUCGACCUGAGCAAUGUGCAGUCCAAAUGCGGCUCCAAGGCCAACAUUCACCACAAGCCAGGUGGGGGCAACAUUGAGAUCAAGACGGAGAAGCUGGAUUUCAAAGUGCAGUCUAAGAUCGGUUCCCUUGGCAACAUCGGGCACGUUCCCGGGGGCGGUGCGAGGAAGAUCGAGUCGCAUAAGCUCACCUUCCGCGAGCAGGCCAAAGCUCGCACCGACCACGGAGCGGAGAUCGUCUGCAAGUCCCCCGAAGGCGGCUCGCCCCGCCCCCUCAGCAACGUGUCCUCCUCCGGCAGCAUCAACAUGACGGAUUCGCCGCAGUUGUCCACGCUCGCCGACCAGGUCUCCGCCUCCCUGGCCAAGCAGGGCCUGUGAUUUCCUCUUGCCGACAAGAUUCUUGCCUCUAGGCAACAACAAAACAGUACAAAAAAAUAAAUAAAAUAAUAAUUCAAAAAAAUUAAAGACAAAACAAAACACACCUCCGUUCUCCCCCCUUAACCUUCCAGAUGUAAUUGAUGGUUUUUCAGGAUCAAUUUCCGGGUUAUAAUAGUUAGAACUGGGUUACAUUUUUUAAAAAUUGCACAGUGCAGUGAUUAUAUGUAUCAGCCGUUUUUGUUAAUUUUCCUAUUUAGGGAGAACAUAAUUCUUUCCUUCAAAGUUUUUUUGAGUGGCAAUGCCUUUGGAUGCCAGCCCCUCAACCAAAAAUUAGGCUAAUUACCCCUCCUAAACACAACAAUGGCAAAAAAAAAAAUUUAAUAAAAAUAAAUUAAAUGUUCAUGUAAACCGUCUCAGGGUGCUGGUCAUCAAAGAAGGCUGUUUAUUUGUUGCAGAAUUAGAGGACGUUUCUCAGAGAAACGUUCACACGUCUGGGAUGUAGUUACCCACUGUGUACCCAUUAUUGAACUCGGCAAUUAAUUACUCUAUUGAAUGUGCUGAAUUCUCACAGCCGAGCACUUGGUAAAGGAGCAACCUGUAUUCCAGCCAAUGGGAAAAUGUAAUCUGAAAAAUCCAAGGGAAAUCAUGCUAAGGUGCGUUUAAGAUAAAUCGCCGUUCGCUGCUGCCGAGAUUUGCUUUUGAAGGGAAGUAACACUGUGCUACGCGCAUCACUGUACAUUUUAGCGCCUGACGUAGGCUAUUGACGUGUCCAGUUUGUUUCUCAAAUUAAUUACUAAUUUAUUAUGCAGUAUUGCCGCAGCCGAAGAACUGGUCUUUGAAUGCCGUGCCAUGAAAACCUUCUGAAUUAAGUCCACGCGCCUUUCCCCACAGACCUGGCUACCGUUAGCCCCAGCUGUCCCGUUAAUGUGAAAUUUGGUGCCAAAACGUGCCAAAUUACCCACUGCAGUUUCAUUUGAAGGUUUUUGGUUUACGAGGGGGGGAAAUGCGCUUUUUUAGAAAUCUGCAAAAAUGUAUUGAAAUGCUUCUUUAUUUAGUGCUUUAAGCAAAAUUGUAAACAAAGUCAUUUUCAGUUAGCAACGUAAGAGUUCUCCGGCUCAUGGAAUAAUCUGCCCUGGCUUCAACACAGGUGCAUAUUAACAGGCUCUCUCAUCACUCGGUCAUCUAACUGCCAGACAGAUAAACUAGAGUAAAAAAAACUCCUGACCCGGACACUUCACGGGCCCUGGCCCAAAGUAAGGAACACAGGAGCACACGUUGUUCGGGACAAAAGACACUGUUAUAUUGACCAACGUGUGCUCCAGUGGUCCUUACUUUGGGCCAAUCCCUGUGAAGUGUCUGGGUCAGGAGUUUCAUCCUUGUUUGGCCAUCCUGGCUGUUGAGCACCGACCUGGUCCUUCUAGCUGAUUUGGGCAUCUCUCUUUUUCGUAAUCAAGGGGGAACUCGGAAAAAUGUUUUUUUGAAAUUAAACCUCUUCCCACGUAGGAAAAGAGAAUGUUGUACUUGUGCACGUAAAACAGGUCUUGUAAGCCGAUGGUCCCCAUCAAAAAAUUAGUCUUUCAGAAAGUGGACAGGCUGGCUGUGAAAAAAAAGACGCAAAGUUGUACUUAUUACAUCUAUGUUUUUCGUCAAGGCUUGCUAAUCUGCCCAUGACUCACGUCAUUUGUUGACACUGACAGCUUGUCAAACUAAUUUACGCACAUUUUUCAGCCUGACUAAAUUUAUGUGCAUCGGGUUCAAAGGUCAGUUCGUGGACUGACUGGAUUUCCAGGGUGGGAAUGUCAAUACACAGGAACAGCGCAUCACAUCACGCAAUUAUUUGCCUUCAAAAAAAUGUGUUUGUAAAUGAUUACUGUCAUGGGUGAACAGUGAAGGAAACAUCCGGGAGAUUUAAGUGUGUGACUUUAAGGAUCAGCCUGUAGGGAGCGGGUUCAGUAGUUCAGUUGAAAACGUGGCGGUCCUCUCGAGGAUGUUGUUGUGCACGGUCCUGAGAAUGGUACCCAGUUAUAAACCCCGUUUUAACCCAGAUGUGGAUUUACGGUAGGAAAGGGAGGGACACUUCGCAAACAGCUCUUUCACCAUUAGAUUUACAUUUCUAUCGUUCUGAAAUGUUCACAUGCAAUUAAAAAAAAAAAAAAAAAACACAUUUCCCUCUAGUGACUUUCCACCAGGACUGUAAAAAGCUUAGAACUGGGCUUUUAACUUAUGGAAUGGCUAUUUUAAAAAAAAGCUUAAUUUUCAACAAAAAAAAGUAUCUCAUGUGGGAAAUUUUUGAUUGGUGGACUCUGCAUGGGAAUUAACGAGGGGCCUGAUGGUGUAGUUUCAUCGGAAAUGCAAAUUUUAGAAUGAGUGAAAUAAAGUAGCAGAGGCAUAAAUGAACAAUUUACAAAACAAAAUAUGCCAUGAUGUGGUAUAGAACGGUCAAAGACAUGUGCGUUUAAUAUUACUAAGGAAGUUGAAUUUCUGAAGUUGUGGGAUUUCAAGAUGAAAGCAAUACUGAGAAGCUCAAACAAUCACGGCCAUUUUAAUUAGUUAUACUCCUUGCCCUGGGUGCAGUGGAAAAAAAAUUAAGCCAGAGCAAUCGCUUUCUUUCAUACAUUAAGAUACUGAGUAACAGAUAAGUGAAGAUUUCCUCUAAACAAAGAAUUGUGAGAUAUGCUUAAAAUCCUUAAAAAGCUUGUGUUCUCUAUCUUUCCCCCCUAUAGUAUUCUGUGGAUGUGAGUGUAACUCUGAUAUUAAAAGCUGAUUUUAAUCAUGCCUGCUGGCAAUCUUUCUCGUUUAUUUUUUACAGUUUCAAGAGAAUGCUCUUCUGUAUAUUCCUUUUUUUACAAAGCAAUUGGUGUAAACACUUAACCGUUUUCAAAUGGCUGACCUGUCUUGAAAUGACAAACUAUCUACCUUUUCUCCUUUCUGGCGUGAACGUAACGCAAGUGUGUUAAAUUGUAACGUUUGAAAAACGAAGUUAGACGUGCAUUCCAUGGAACACUGGGACCGUUCAGAGACGUGUACGUUGAGUAAAUGGUGGACUGGUGUGUCAUUGCCAAACUUGUGUGCAGAACAUUUGCGCUUUUUUUUUUUUUUGGACAUGCGAUUCAGUAACGUCCGAUACUAUCAAAGAUGCAGAGCGUCUUCUGCUUGAUCAGCAGAUCUGAACCCUAGUCACGAAUGACCUUUGACCUGAUCUGGCCAAACGUACUGCGGUGCAUUAAAUCAGGGGUUGUCAAACCGAAGUCACGGAGGGCUGCAGCGAAGGCAGGCUAUUGGGGGGUUCUCCUUUCAAUCAGAUGCUUUAGCCAAUCGACAGCCAAAAUGAAUCACUGAUGCUGAAAUUCCAAAAGCCGGACGACACUGCAGCCCUGUAGGACUGGAUUCUGACUCCCGUACCCGACUAACUCACAGCUCACCCGCUGUGCCACCCUACGACUCACACUGGGUUUCACCUGCUGUGCCAACAGCCCUUCAACGUGGGGUUCAGGUCUGACUGAAGUCAAGAUGAGGACUUAAAAUAAAAAUAAAAAAAUUGAAAAGGGGGGGAAAAAAAACUGAAUUCCCUUUCCAAAUGCUUUGUGAGGCUGCUCCUCCCAAUGUGGCGAGAGAGAGAGAACUUUCUGGAAGAAAUCCCUGCACUUGUAGCAAACACUAAGCUCACGCUAGAGACAUUAGCAGCAUACAUAUAACUCAGUGUUCCCUGCCUCCCGCUUGCCCCGUCCUGGUUUAUUCUGUGUUCUCUCCUACUUGAGGAUAUCCAGGGAGGGCGGCAGCCGACAGGAGCCAAAGUGAAAAUGGCGGCGGCGACUCCUGACAUACUCGGUGGAGGGGAGGCGGCCUUCAGCGGCCCAAAUGCUCGGGGCUCGACGACGUCGUCGCAGAAUGAGCGUGGGAACGGAGACUGAAGCGCUAGCGUUAGCACGUUCUUGGUUCCUUUUUCACCACCUAAGUUCUUCACCAACGUCCCGAUGUCCAAAGAGGACUUCAGUAGCAUUUGCAUUCUGGACAUUACUGCAUCAGACGGGUGUCAAUGUAGCUAGAAUCGGCAGGGUAGAGGGUUGUUUCAUAAAAAUAAAAAACUAAGCUCAAGAACAGGGUAACGGAAGGUUCCAGUCAAAAAAAAAAAAGAUUUAAAAAAGGUUGGUAUGGUAAGAUUGGGCUCAAGCUUUUUUUCCAGCGCUGUACAUUUUUGUUUUAAAACUCUUGGAGCGUAGAAAAGGUACCGUAGUUUUGAUCUCGUUUACUUUUUCUUGUUCCGGUUUCUUUAGUCGCAGUUUCUCCAUUCUAGCUUGGCAGUCGUGAUUGUCCAUAUUGUAACUGUGCGUUUUAUUAAUGGACCGGUUUACACCAAUACUCGUUUGCUGUAAACGUGCAUUUGCAAAAUAAAGUCGGUAUUACGCAGA